AUGACCCAAUCUGAUCUUGCAACAUGGGCUAUGAAACAAUAUGGAGCAACUAAGCCACCUAGUCAAACCACCAUAUCGCGAAUAUUAAGUUCCAAAAAUGAUUUGAUUGCUUCUAAAGAGGCUGAUUUUCAACUAGUUCGUCGAAGACAACAGACAAAUCCGUUAUUAAGAAGAAUAUUGACUGAAUGGAUCACUCAAGCUAUAUGGGAGAAUAUCCCCGUAACCACGCCUAUAAUUCAACUGACUGCAAACGCCAUUUGGACGAGAUUGCCUAAGGAAGAGAAGGAUGGGAACGGAGUGUUUAAUCAGAAGUGGUGUAAUCAUUUCAUUAAAAAGUUGAACAUAAAUCUAACUGGAAGUGAAAAGGAUAAAGCCGAGAAUCCCGGUGGGUACACACUAAACAAAGUGUGGAAACUUGAUGAGAAGAUUGAAUUGAAACAGUAUUUGGACUUGUUAAUAGCGAAAGAACACUACACACCUCAAGAUAUUUUUGUGCUUGAUGAGUUUCAGCUAUUUUAUUCAUUGCCGUUGGACCAGAUCUUCGAUGUGUCAUCCAUUGACAAAGGAUUGAAACAGUCAAGUUCUUCUACCGAAAACUCCUUAACUAUAAUGUUAGGAUGUAAUAUCGAUGGUCUGGAAAAGCUUUCUCCAUUAAUAGUAGGAAAGUAUGAUAAAUUUGAUGUUUCUAAAAGCACCCAUUCUGGCUUAAAAAAUAUCUCAGUUGAUAGUAUUUCCCAACCAGCUUUAAUGAACAAAAUAACAGAGGCAUACAGAAUCUUUUACAAGUCAAAUACAAAUAAAUGGAUCACAUCAUCCAUGUUUCAGAACUAUUUACUUACGCUUGACCAUAAGAUUGGAAGCGUUACACCGAAUAGAAAAAUCUUGAUGUUAUUGGAUGAUUCAUCAUCGCAUAGGAUUAUAAACCUCAAGUUCGAACAUAUUCGACUAGUUUAUUUAAAAAAUGAUACAAAUCAUAAGAAUCCAUAUAGUACAACCUACAGUGGUUCCAAAUUUGAUUAUCUACCCAUGAACUUUGGUAUCAUAGAAGAGUUUAAGAUAUUAUAUCGUUUACAACAAUAUCUAGAAAUGAUAAAUCUCCAAAGAAACAACUCCAAGGUUGACAAAAUGGUAAAUAGUUCAAGCCAAAUCGACCUAAACAAAUACGAUAUAUCUUCAAAUACGCCAGGAUUGGAAGUGCUUUCAGAAACUGACUAUCAUAUACCCAUGAUUCGAGUAAUUGAAUGGAUCACACGUUCCUGGCAUUCUAUAACCCAAGAAAGAAUUUUUUCAUCGUGGAAGAAAACUCACCUUUUUAAACUUGCAGGUAAAGAUUGGCCCAGUGAGAAAUCAAGGCCUGCGGCAGAAUAUUCAUUAUUACCUUUGAACACCCGCAUGAGCAACUAUGAUGAAAGCAAGAGUUACAACAAACUUGAAGAAAUAAUGAGAUACCUUAAUGUAGUAAUACCCUGGGAAAUAGAUGAAUUACUAGGAUUAGUGAAUGAACGAGGCAAGGUUACCCUCAGCUAUGCUUCAAUUACGGAAAUUAUUGGAAGCUGUCUUCUGGAGUCUUUUGAUAGUAAAGUGAAACAGAAUAAAGAGGCAAAAUCCAACUUAAUUAGUGACCAAUGGUACCCAGGCGUUGGAGAAAGCGAUGCUGCAGCUAACAAUUCGUUGUUUUUCAAUAGCAAAGCAACCACAUUUGAAUUUCCAUAUCAAGAAGAACUGAGAUUGAUUGAAAAUAACCUGAUUGAACAACUACUUUUGAAAGCACCAAGUUUGACUCCUGCAGAUUUGGAAACUAAUUCAGUCCAACAUCCAACUCCACUACUGUCAAGGUUUACGUCAGUGAGCCCAACAGUAUCUUUAACGACAACUCAGAUCCCGCAAUAUCCUUCCAAUGAAAGUCUGUUACGAACCAAACAUAAGCUUCCAGAAAGUUGGUCUGAGAUGAACAAGAAAAGACCCAAUAAUUCAUUAAACUAUCACUACUUACCCCUGCAACCAAAUGGACUGGUACAAUUGCCUGAAGCUGUACUUUCGGAUCAAAGUGCACAAUAUAAUACCAUGGAUGCUACCAGUGGGUUUCUGCAACAAUCUCGUCAACAAACCCCGACAUCCCUCGGAAAGGCUGAUUCGCAAGAUAUAUUGCAAUCUGGAAAGCCAGAUUUGAUUAACGAAUUUGAACUAAUUACAUCGUUAAAUCGAAUUCUAGAAGCCUCAAGUUCCAAUGCAUUGAAAUUGUCACCUACAACUAUAGAAGAAUUGAAUUUUAAUCUACGAAUGAUUCAAUCGAAAUUUGGCAAUAGCUCGGAAAAUUCUUACAACUCGAGUUUAUAG